CGGGGAAGCAGAGGGAGUCUUUGGUACUGAGCUAUAAAUUCAGUCAGGGACGGAUUAUUCGUGUCCAGUCUGGUGACAGGAAGCCACAUCAUGAUUGGCCUGAUCGUUCUUGCCCUCCUAGGCGCCGCAGCGGCAGCCCCGAUGGAUGAUAAAAUCGUCGGGGGCUACGAGUGCACGCACCACUCUCAGCCAUGGCAGGUGUCCAUCAACAUCGGCUACCACUUCUGCGGCGGCUCCCUCAUCAAUGAGCAGUGGAUCGUCUCUGCUGCCCACUGCUGGCAGAAUCCUUACAGUCAGAUGGUCAUCUUGGGAGACCACCACAUUUGGCAGUUCGAGGGCUCAGAGCAGUACAUGGCUGUGGACGCCAUCUACUGGCACGAGAAGUACGACUACCAGACUCUGGACUUCGACAUCAUGCUGAUGAAGAUGUCGCAUCCUGCCAGUUUGAAUGACAAGGUCAGGCCUAUUGCUCUGCCUGACAAGUGCGCCAAUCCUGGGGACAUGUGCAUGGUGUCCGGAUGGGGGAACAUCUACACUGAUGAAGUGUUCAACCCAUUCAACCUUCAGUGCGUGGAGGUUCCCAUCAUGUCGGACAGCGAUUGCAAGGCUUCCUACCCAGACAAGAUCACUGACCAAAUGGUGUGUGCUGGAUACUUGGAGGGAGGCAAAGACGCUUGUCAGGGUGACUCCGGUGGUCCACUCGUGUGCAGCGGUGUGCUCCAGGGUAUCGUCUCCUGGGGUUAUGGAUGCGCUCAGCCCAACGCUCCAGGUGUUUACACCAAGGUCUGCGCUCUGAUGCCCUGGAUCAAAGACAUUCUCAGCGCAUACAGCUAGAUUGAGAGGUGCAAUCCUGUGUGGUAAACAAGAGAGAUGGUGGAGCACAUGUUAGAGAAGGACAAGUAAAUGGGUGUGAGAUGCACUCGGUCAAGAGUCAGUCAAUAAAAUGAAUACUUUAA